AUGAUUGAUGAUGAACUGGGUCCUGCUGGAGAAGUUAUAAAAUGUUAUGUUUCUCAACAGGAAAAACCUUACCCUAAUGUAAUAAUGCAGCUGCUAAAACGGAAGCUAAGAAGAAGUAGGUACCAGGAUGUAAUUAUUUCAAGAAAAUAUAUCAAUUUACAGAUUCUCAUUGUCUUCAUGGUGCAAUGUUUCUUGAGUACCUCAAAGGAUCUUGCAGAGGAAAACUAUGUGACUUUUGCACCUGCAGAGAGAAGUGCUGUAGCCAAGAUUGAACAUGCCCCAUGGCCAGAUCACGAAAGUCGUAGAUAUCAUUCCUGCAGACAAAACUCCAACCAACAACAGGGUUGUCAACGAAGAUCCCAUAAGUAUCUCAAACUUCAGUAGGCAGUUUAUAGUAUCUGAAGAAUGUGUUACUGAUUAUCUUAAGUGCAAAAAAAAAUUGUCAAAGCAUCUGCUAAGGCAAAGAAGAAAUACGAAGAUUACGAUUGGAAUGCCAUGUUCAAUGAUGGUUCUUUCACCAAACAAACAGUAGCUGUCUUGGAUAAAUACCAGAGACAUCACAAGCUGCACUCUGCUUCAAACAAGAAAGCAAUAGUAUCUGCAGUCCAGAGACACAUUACACACCAAUUCAUUGCUACCAGUCAACAGCGGAAAGAGAAAUCAGACUCUGAUUCUCGAGAUGAAAGUGAAAUUGUAGCCCAUUGA